AUGACCCACAACAGUCUCAGGUGGUGCAGCCUCAACACUGGCACGUUCUGCGACAACGACAGCAGUUCCAACUACUACAAUGACAGCUACUACUAUAGCGACAGCAGAUCCGACUACUACUAUGACAGCUACUACUACAACAACAGCAGAUCCGACUACUACAACGACAGCUACUAUUACAACAACAGCAGAUCCGACUACUACAACGACAGCAGAUCCGACUACUACAACAACAGCAGGUCCGACUACUACAACAACAGCAGAUCCGACUACUACAACGACAGCUACUACUAUGACAGCAGUUCCAACUACUACAACGACAGCUACUACUAUAACGACAGCAGAUCCGACUACUACAAUAACAGCAGAUCCGACUACUACAACGACAGCAGUUCCGACUACUACAACGAUAGCUACUACUACAACGACAGCAGAUCCGACUACUACAACGACAGCAGAUCCGACUACUACAACAACAGCAGGUCCGACUACUACAACGACAGCAGAUCCGACUACUACAACGACAGCUACUACUACGACAGCAGUUCCAACUACUACAACGACAGCUACUACUAUAACGACAGCAGAUCCGACUAUUACUAUGACAGCUACUACUACAACAACAGCAGAUCCGACUACUACAACGACAGCAGUUCCGACUACUACAACGACAGCAGGUCCGACUAUUACAACGACAGCAGAUCCGACUACUGCAACGACAGCUAUUGCUACAACAACAGCAGUUCCGACUACUACAAUAACAGCAGAUCCGACUACUACAACGACAGCAGUUCCGACUACUACAACGAUAGCUACUACUACAACAACAGCAGAUCCGACUACUACAACGACAGCAGAUCUGACUACUGCAACGACAACUAUUGCUACAACAACAGCAGUUUCGACUACUACGACAGCUACUACUACAACAACAGCAGAUCCGACUACUACAACGACAGCAGAUCUGACUACUGCAAUGUCAGCUACUGCUACAACAACAGCAGUUCCAACUGCUUCAACAACAGCAGAUCCGACUACUACAACGACAGCAGGUCCGACUACUAUAACGUCAGCAGGUCGGACUACUACAACGCCUGCAGAUCCGACUACUACAACGACAGCUACUACUACAACAACAGCAGAUCCGACUACUACAACGACAGCAGAUCUGACUACUGCGACGACAGCUACUGCUACAACAACAGCAGAUCCGACUACUACAACAACAGCAGAUCUGACUACUGCAACGACAGCUACUGCUACAACAACAGCAGUUCCAACUACUACAACGACAGCAGAUCCGACUACUGCAACGACAGCUAUUGCUACAACAACAGCAGUUCCGACUACUACAAUGACAGCAGAUCCGACUACUACAAUGACAGCAGUUCCGACUACUACAACGACAGCUACUACUACAACAACAACAGAUCCGACUACUACAACGACAGCAGGUCCAACUACUACAAUGACAGCAGAUCUGACUACUACAAUGACAGCAGUUCCGACUACUACAACGACAGCAGGUCCGACUACUACAAUGACAGUAGAUCUGACUACUACAAUGACAGCAGGUCCGACUACUACAACAACAGCAGAUCCGACUACUACAACGACAGCAGGUCCGACUACUACAAUGACAGCAGAUCUGACUACUACAAUGACAGCAGGUCCGACUACUACAACAACAGCAGAUCCGACUACUACAACAACAGCAGGUCCAACUACUACAACGUCAGCAGGUCGGACUACUACAACGCCUGCAGAUCCGACUACUACAAUGACAGCAGUUCCGACUACUACAACGACAGCUACUACUACAACAACAACAGAUCCGACUACUGCAACGACAGCUAUUGCUACAACAACAGCAGUUCCGACUACUACAACGACAGCAGAUCCGACUACUACAACGACAGCAGGUCCAACUACUACAAUGACAGCAGAUCUGACUACUACAAUGACAGCAGAUCCGACUACUACAACAACAGCAGGUCCAACUACUACAACGUCAGCAGGUCGGACUACUACAACGCCUGCAGAUCCGACUACUACAAUGACAGCAGUUCCGACUACUACAACGACAGCUACUACUACAACAACAACAGAUCCGACUACUGCAACGACAGCUAUUGCUACAACAACAGCAGAUCCGACUACUACAACAACAACAGGUCCGACUACUACAACAACAGCAGAUCCGACUACUACAACGACAGCAGGUCCGACUACUACAAUGACAGCAGAUCUGACUACUACAAUGACAGCAGUUCCGACUACUGCAACGACAGCUAUUGCUACAACAACAGCAGUUCCGACUACUACAAUGACAGCAGAUCCGACUACUACAAUGACAGCAGUUCCGACUACUACAACGACAGCUACUACUACAACAACAACAGAUCCGACUACUACAACAACAGCAGAUCCGACUACUACAACAACAGCAGAUCUGACUACUGCAACGACAGCUACUGCUACAACAACAGCAGUUCCAACUACUACAACGACAGCAGAUCCGACUACUGCAACGACAGCUAUUGCUACAACAACAGCAGUUCCGACUACUACAAUGACAGCAGAUCUGACUACUACAAUGACAGCAGUUCCGACUACUACAACGACAGCAGGUCCGACUACUACAAUGACAGCAGAUCUGACUACUACAAUGACAGCAGGUCCGACUACUACAACAACAGCAGAUCCGACUACUACAACGACAGCAGGUCCGACUACUACAAUGACAGCAGAUCUGACUACUACAAUGACAGCAGUUCCGACUACUACAACGACAGCAGAUCCGACUACUACAACAACAGCAGGUCCGACUACUACAACGACAGCAGAUCCGACUACUACAACGACAGCAGGUCCAACUACUACAAUGACAGCAGAUCUGACUACUACAAUGACAGCAGAUCCGACUACUACAAUGUCAGCAGGUCGGACUACUACAACGCCUGCAGAUCUGACUACUACAAUGACAGCAGUUCCGACUACUACAACGACAGCUACUACUACAACAACAACAACAGAUCUGACUACUGCAACGACAGCUAUUGCUACAACAACAGCAGUUCCGACUACUACAACGACAGCAGAUCCGACUACUACAACGACAGCAGGUCCAACUACUACAAUGACAGCAGAUCUGACUACUACAAUGACAGCAGAUCCGACUACUACAACAACAGCAGGUCCAACUACUACAACGACAGCUAUUGCUACAAUGACAGCAGAUCUGACUACUACAGUGACAGCAGAUCCGACUACUACAACAACAGCAGGUCCAACUACUACAACGUCAGCAGGUCGGACUACUACAACGCCUGCAGAUCUGACUACUACAAUGACAGCAGUUCCGACUACUACAACGACAGCUACUACUACAACAACAGCAGUUCCGACUACUACAACGACAGCUACUGCUACAACAACAGCAGAUCCGACUACUACAACAAUAGCAGUUCCAACUACUACAACGACAGCAGAUCCGACUACUGCAACGACAGCUAUUGCUACAACAACAGCGGUUCCGACUACUACAACAACAGCAGUUCCAACUACUACAAUGACAGCAGGUCCGACUACUACAACAACAGCAGUUCCAACUACUACAAUGACAGCAGAUCCGACUACUACAACAACAGCAGGUCCAACUACUACAAUGUCAGCAGAUCUGACUACUACAAUGACAGCAGAUCCGACUACUACAACAACAGCAGGUCCAACUACUACAACGUCAGCAGGUCGGACUACUACAACGCCUGCAGAUCCGACUACUACAAUGACAGCAGUUCCGACUACUACAACGACAGCUACUACUACAACAACAGCAGAUCCGACUACUACAACGACAGCAGAUCUGACUACUGCAACGAGAGCUACUGCUACAACAACAGCAGUUCCAACUACUACAACAGCAGGUCCAACUACUACAACGACAGCAGGUCCGAUUACUACAAUGACAGCAGAUCUUACUACUACAAUGACAGCAGUUUCGACUACUACAACGACAGCUACUACUACAACAACAGCAGAUCCGACUACUACAACGACAGCAGAUCUGACUACUGCAAUGACUGCUACUGCUACAACAACAGCAGAUCCGACUACUACAAUGACAGUAGAUCUGACUACUACAACGACAGCAGGUCAGACUAGUACAAAGACAGCUGCUACUACAACAACAGCAGUCCCGACUACUACAACAACCGCAUGUGCCUCAACACCGGCAACAGCAGGUCCGACUAAUACAACGACAGCGGAUCCGACUAUUACAACGACAGCGGGUCCGACUAAUACAACGACAGCGGAUCCGACUAUUACAACGACAGCGGGUCCGACUAUUACAACGACAGCGGAUCCGACUAUUA